CUCAAUUCCUCUGCUCCUGAGCUUCUGAUCAUCAUCACAGACAGUUGGAUUCUGCAUUGAGGAUGAAGACACUGACAGUAGCAGCUUCGUGUGUUUUGGUGAUUCUCUGUUUUUGCUCCAGUUCAGAGUCUGCCACUGCAAUAGAUCUGCUGCGUGACACUGCUGUGAGUUGGACAGGGAAACUGCCCUGUGGUGAAUGGGACUGUGAAUGUGCAUUCACGAGACAGCACGGUUGUUGUUGUGUCGCAAAGCCAUUGUUUGAGCUGGAAGAGGCCACCUUCAGACGUUUGAUUGGAGUGUGGGAAGGACUGUCCCACCUCAACAGUCAAAUAGAGGAAGUCACAGCUGGUUGUCAGAUUGCGUUCACUGCUGCAGUGCUGCCAAUAACGGCAUGUCUUGGGCCUUUCACCAGCAACGUGUCUAUCUCUUACCAGUCUGUGUCACUCAAUCAAGGCAGCGGGUACAAUCCUGCAUUGGGUACAUUCACAGCUCCACGUGCUGGUCUCUACUCCUUCACCUUCACCGCUUAUUCCAAAGUAGGCGAUGUAGAACGGCUCUACCAAAAGCUGCAGCUGAUGAAGGAUGGUCAGCUGAUCGCCUCAUCCUGGGAGGACAAUCGUGAGGAUUCAGAGGACAGUAGCACUCAGACGGUUCUUCUGCAGCUCAGACGGGGCUCUCAGGUCUACGUUGAGCUGCUGUCAGGUCGGCAGCUGUGUGGAGACACCCAGAGCCACAACACUUUCAGCGGAUACCUGGUCUACCUGAUCACUGAGGAAUGAGAGAAUAAUCUGUUAACACUCACACAAGAAUCUCUGUAGUUAGACAAUCCAUCAGAAAUGGGUCAUUUAACAGGACAUACACACAAAGGGGAUUAUUAGAGGCUUGUUUUUGUUAUACCUUCAUGUUAUUCUUCAACCUAACAAGCAAUCUGUAUUUAAAUGUGUACAAAUGUGACGUCUUUAUGGAAAAUCAUAAGCAUUAGAACAAUUUUGGAGCUUUAUGAAUAAAAAGUUUC